AUGGAAGCAGACAUUCUCACAAGCUUUGAGGUAGAGCAUUAUGUGCGGGGCCUUGAAGAAAUUGACGUCAGAGAGUAUGCCAGCCCUAAAUGAAAUAGGCAGCACGAAGUCAUUUAUAAGCUGAAUCUGCAGUCACAUAGAAAUGCGAGGGCUAGAGAAGACGAAUAUGUGAAGGAAGCUGUAGUUAUGAACGAGAAAAUGAGGACACUUAUAUAUGAUUUAAUAGUAAGUGAGGUCUGGAAAGCAAAUGUUCUUCCUUUGUGCCAUCAAGAGAUGUUUGCCCUGAGCAGUGUGAGGUCUUAUAUGCUGAUUUAUCACGAAGGAGUUGUGGCAAAUCUAUUAGAAAUUUUGCUGUAUCAUAGGACAUCGUGCGAAGAAGCAGGGGAUUAUUUAAUUGAUGUUGUGGAUUGGGCUUAUAGGAAACUUAUUAAAAUUACACAGGUAAACGAAACUGCAGAAAGACUUACAGGGGAAAUGUCAAGGGCUGAGGAGCUUGAACAUCAGCUGAAAGAGCUGGAAUUCUCAAUGGGAAUCAGCAGCAUUUCUAUCAUCAGGUUCAUUUCUGAUCAUAUGGAAGGAAUGACACUGGCAUUAGUCCAACACUUGGUGGAACAGUGCGAUAUUUUUUGUGUCCUCGUGCCACUAAUGGAAAUGAAGCCUUGGAUCAGAAACAAAAAAGGAGGAAAAAUGAUUUUCGAAGACCAACAGUGGAGAGUUUUAAGGGAUGAAGCAAAAAUUCCUCAAGUUGAAGCCCAAAUUUGGCUGAUUAUUUACAACUUAUUUAUGAACCAAGAUGUAAGGAGCAAAUAUGAGCUCACCUCGUAUCGAAAAAACAACAUCUUAAGGAUCAGGAAAUUUCUUAAUGAAGUGGUGAUUGAUCAAAUUCCUGUUUUAAGCCAGUUGCUCAGAGCUUUAGAAGAAUUAAGCAUAGUUGGGGACACAACAAUACAAUCUGGGAUUUCAGCUUUUGUUAUCCAGCAGCUUCCUGAAUUAUACCAACGAAUUUCUGCUGGGAAAAAUUGGCGAGAAAUUGCUGACUCCCCCCCCCCAUCCUUGAUUGUAAAAAUUCCUAAAAAUUGGGGAAAUUAACCCCCAUCCUUGAUCGAACGAUUUUCAUAUCAUGCAAAUUUUUAUAUAUAUAAAAAAAUAUUAGUUAUCAAAUGCUUUGGAAGAUGUGCCUAAUGAAGUUGUUUUCAGAGCUUUGAGACGACAGAAAGCUGCGAAAUCAACCAUCCGAAGUGAUUUAGACAUCAACAUAGGCUUAAAAGCUCAAUAAUCUAAUAAAAUAGAGAUUUUUUAAAAUUUUAAAAAAAUAUUUAAUUUAAAUUAAAAUUUAUACAGUUUAAAAGGGUAACUAAUAAAUCUUAAUCUUAAUUAUCUAUAUCGUUUAACGUCCACUACGGGGUCGCUAGCUCCAGAGCUGCCACCAUAUUUUUCCACGUGUCGGGCCCAGAGACCGCUGGGUCGAUCCCUUUUGAUCACCAAAAGACACAGGUGAAUAUGAUUUCCGGCUUCGACGGGCUUCGCUGCCGCCACGGCUUUGUUUCGACUCAGCUCCUGCGCGUGUUCCGCCUGAGGGUCCAUCUCCCUUGGGAUGUGUUGAGGGGUAAAAACUCCAGAUCUUGAUCGCACUGAGGAGCAGUUCCUCUGGUUAUCUCCAAAGUUAAACCGCUAUUGCUGUGCAGAAGUUCUUGAGGUGAAAACCCAACCCUAUAAAUAAAAUUGCUUUGAGUGAGAGAAAGUUAGCGGAGCUAACUUCGCUUGAGCGAAAGCCAUUUUAUUUAUGGGUAACUAAUAAAUCAAAAUAUUAAAAAUUGGUAUUUUUAUGAAAUUAAUUCAAUUUUUUGCUGUAAAAAUAAUUAUUAAAUACUCUUAACCCUCUUAUUUAAAGUAAAUAAAAAAAAAUCUAUAUAUAUCUUUUUCAUUUUAUAUAUAAAUUUUUUUUUCCCAAAAAAAAAUUUUUUUUAACCCCCAUCCUUGAUCGAACGAUGGCGAGUCGUUCGAUCAAGGAUGGGGGGGGGAGUGAGUAUCAAAAAAGUAACUUUUUGAUUGAGAAUGAUGAAACAAGAAAAGCUGACAUGCAGCUCCUAAUGGCAGGGAUUGAGGAAAUUCUUGAUGACCCCAUUUGUUCUGUAUGCUCUGCACCUGCAAGCAAAAGAUGCUCUAAAUGCAAGUCUCAAUGGUAUUGCUCAAGAAAAUGCCAGGUCUCAGCAUGGAAAACACAUAAAAUUGUAUGUGAGUCUUUGUCAGAAGAGAUUUCCAAAAAAGAAACACAAAAUGCCAAGCCUAAAUCGAAAAUAGAAGAAUUAGACUAA